AUGACUUUCAACGUCAAAGUCUUCCUUACCGGCCUUCUCGCUGCCACCGCAGCCGCCCUCCCCCACAUGGCUCGAUCCAACCAAUCCGGUGCCGUUGAGACCCGCGAUUCCAGUGGCGGCGGCGCUCUCCAGAUCGUGAACAACAUGGGCACCGACCUCUACGUCUGGACCACCUCGUCCGACCCCGGCGAGAUGAAGACACUCAGCAGCGGUGGCGACUACAGCGAGAAGUGGACCACCAACGACAACGGUGGUGGUAUCUCUAUCAAGAUCUCUACCAGUCAGGACAAGGAUAGCGUUCUUCAGUUCGAAUAUACCCAGGAUGGCGAUACUCUCUACUGGGAUAUGUCCUCCAUUGAUCUUGAUGAGACUUCCGAUUUCGUCAAGUCUGGCUUCACUGUGGAGCCCAGCGACCCAAGCUGCAAGUCCGUUUCUUGCGCCCCUGGCGACGUGAACUGCAAAGAUGCUUAUCAGUUGCCCGAUGACGUGAACACCUACUCCUGUUCGCUGGACGCCGGUUUCACUCUGACUCUUGGAUAA